AUGAUUACCGAUAUUGCAAAUGCAAAAGUGAUUUCUGGCUUGGAUGAUAUGCUUGAGCAGUUGUUAAAUUCUGCUGAAAAUGAUUAUUCUAAUUUAGGUUCUACAGAAACUGACGAAUCUCUGAAGGGUAAUUCUGCGACCGUAGAGUCUGAAACUAAGGCAUUAGCGAGUAAUACCACUGUCGAAUCUCCAUCGGCAACUACUGAAACGCCUGUAGAUAAUACAUGUGCCGAAGAAAAUGAGGAAAAAUCAAAAGAAAAUACAUCACAAACAAUGAAAGCUGAGUUGGCCAAACAACGCUUAAAUAGUGGAAAAGGUAAACUGCAAAAGCAGAGAACUUUAGAGAAAAUUCGUUAUGUAACAGAUGAAGGAAAUGCAGACUCGGCCGGUAACGAAGAAGAUCUAGAAGGUGAUAAUUUUUCAGUUGAAGGCAGUGAACUGUAUGAUUACAGUAGAGUUGUUGAUGACGCUGUGAAAAAACUGGAGAAAAAUAUUUGUACCAUCAUAUCGGCUGUAGUGCAAUGGAUAAAGGAACAUAUGGAGGAUACCGCAUCAGAAAGUCUUAUGCAACAGUUACGUGACCAAAUUAUGGAAACGACAACAAAAGUAUGUUUUAAAGAUGCUCCAAGAGCAACAUAUGAGAAUCAGUUAAGUACAAUUAUUGACAAUACGUUAUCUCCAUAUUAUGGUGAAAAAAUUGGACAGUCUCGACAAUUGCUUGUUACGGAUGUUUCAGAAAUUUUAUACAAUGAACUAGCAUUUUUUCAGUUAAUGCAAAAUAUUGAUAAUUUAGUCAGUGAUGAAGGUGAUUAG